AUAAGGACGGAAAAUAAAUAGUACAAUCCUUUAAUAUUUUCGUUGUUUUCAUUCCUCCAUGAGUCCAUUCUUUUCUUUCCUCUCCUUCCCAAACACAAAUUCACAAAUCGAUUGAUGUUGGGCUCUCCUCCAUCUGAGCUUGUCAUAAAUCAAUAAAACAAUAUAAAACAGUUGGUGGAGGCGGGAUAUAGCUCCAUCUUCUGCAAACAUGACUAACCCUACUUCUAAAUUUCCUGUUAAUUAUAACCCAGAUCAAGAAGAGGAUCAGGAAACAGGGAAGCUGGCCAUCCGGUUAGCGAAUGCCGCAGUUCUUCCGAUGGUAUUAAAAUCAGCUAUUGAGCUUAACAUCAUAGACAUCAUCUCCACCGCCGCAAGCAAUGGCUUGGGGAUCUCUCCGGUUGAGAUUGCUGCUCAAAUACCCACAAAGAACCCAGAUGCACCAGCUCUGCUCGACCGUAUGUUGCGUCUCCUGGCAAGCUAUGACAUACUCAACUGCACCAAAGAGAAUGGACAAGGUGAAAGACUGUACUCUGCCAGACCCAUAUGCAAGUUCCUCACUCGAAAUGAUUCAAAAUGAUUCAAAUGAAGGAAGCUCUGUAUCUCCUCUCUUUUUGUUGCACCACGAUGAAGUUUUCAUGAAGAGCUGGUACCACUUCAAUGAAGCUAUACUAGAAGGUGGGAUUCCAUUCACAAUUCAAACCUAUGGGAUGACAGUCUUCGAAUACCAGGCAACUGAUCAGAGAUUCAAUCAGGUAUUCAAUGAAGCAAUGUCAAACCACACUACCUUAUUUGUAAAGAAGAUAAUUGAAGUUUACGAUGGAUUUGAUGGUGUCAAAGUGUUGGUUGAUGUGGGUGGUGGUAUUGGAGAUGCUCUCCGUAUCAUCACCUCCAAAUAUCCUCACAUCAAAGGCAUAAAUUUUGAUUUGCCCAAUGUAUUGGCUGAUGCACCUUCUUUCCCGGGGGUGGAGCAUGUGGCGGGAGACAUGUUUGUGAGCGUCCCAAAGGGAGAUGCUAUUUUCAUGAAGUGGAUACUACACGGUUGGAGCGAUGAGUAUUGCUUAAAACUUCUCAAGAACUGCUACGAAGCACUUCCAAGUAAGGGCAAAGUGAUAGUUGCGGAAUCAAUACUUCCUUUGGCACCGGAAAAUGCUGUUUCUUCUCACAUUGUUUUUGAGCAAGACCUGUUCAUGUUUGCUCAAACUCCUGGUGGUAAAGAGAGGACCCAAAAGGACUAUGAGACCUUAGCAAUGAAGUCUGGUUUUUCCAGUUGUGAAGUUGUAUGUUGUGCUUACAACAGCUGGGUUAUGGAAUUUCAUAAAGCAUAAUGACCCACUUUGAAUGCACUUUCACUACAAGUCGUUGGCUGCUAUUAAAAUAUUACGUGGCUUUUUUUCUAAAUAAUGGAUGAGUCUACUGGUGUCUCACAAAUAUAUAGUGUAACUAAGUGAAAGCUCGUGCCUUUGCACUGGUUAUUUUCUUUUCAAUCCUUUAAUAUUGAAUCGACUGUUGAGAAAUACUUUAUACGA